AUGAAGUUCUCUCUCAGCUCCCUCGUACUGUCAGCAGUAUCGAGCCUUGUCCUUGCCCUGCCCAUCGAAGAGACCCAGAUCUACGACGCCAUCAUCGUCGGCGGUGGGCCGUCUGGUCUCGCCGCCGCGAGUGCCCUCGGCCGUGUGCGCCGUCACACCCUCCUCAUCGACUCUGCCGAGUACCGCAACGCGCCCACAAGACACAUGCACGAUGUCCUCGGCUUUGAUGGCGUCACUCCGGCGUGGUAUCGCUACUCCGCCCGCAAGCAGAUUGCAUCCUAUGAAACCGUCACCUUGACCAACGGCACAGUCACCAAGAUCGGAGGCAGCGAUGCCACCGGCUUCGUCGUCACCGCCAACUUCGCCGACAAGUCGACCAAGACCGUGCGUGCGCGCAAGAUCGUUCUGGCCACCGGUGUGAAGGACGACCUCCCCGAGACCCCGGGUCUGUGGGAGAACUGGGGCAAGGGUAUCUUCUGGUGCCCCUGGUGCGACGGCUUCGAACACGCAGACCAGGCCCUCGGUCUCUUGUCCAACUCCUUUGACGAAUUCCCCUCCCUCGUCCGCGAGAUCCUCACCCUCAACACGGACAUCAUCGCCUUCGCCAACGGCACCGACACCCCAGCCGCCCGCGCCGAGACCGAGGCCAAGAACCCCAAGUUCCAAGAGUACCUCGACAUCCACAAGGUCCCCAUUGAGAACCGCACCAUCACCCGCAUCACUCGCCUCAAGGACGGCGCCUACCCGCCCCACGACCCUGCCCUGCCCACCGCGCCCGAGCACGACCUCUUCUCCGUCAGCUUCAGCGAGGGCGAGCCCGUCCAGCGCGCCGCCUUCUUCCUGAGCUACCCGGACGAGCUGCGCAGCAGGAUCGGCCCCGAGGCUGGCGUGCAGCUUUGGGGCGGACGCCUCGCUGCUGAUGUGUCCAAGGGUUAUUUGACAAACGUGCCGGGUAUCUACGCCAUUGGCGACGCCAACUCGGAUAACAGCACAAACGUCCCUCACGCGCUGUACUCGGGCAAGAGAACUGCAGUCUUCCUGCACGUCAAACUCGCAAAGGAGGACCAGGCCAAGGAGACUGGCGUCAAUGUCACUGCUUUGAAGAGAGGGUUGGAGAUUGAGGAGCGCUCCUUCUGGGAUGCCGCGAACGGCAAGCCCACCGACAUUCUGUAUGCCGGCGAGUACGACCAGUAA